AUGAGACAAAACCCAGCUUGCUCACUUGACCUCCCAGGUAAGCGAUGUACCUCCACUGGACGUAAAUGCGAUGGGUACGAGUUUCCCAAAGAGAACUCCAGCGGCUCAACCUCAACCGCUCUGUCGCCACCGCAACAGAGCAGCCCGCCGCCUUUCCAACAUCUAUUUCAACCCAACUCAAUCUCAAAACCCUUUCAAGGCAACACUCAAGAACGCCGUAUCUUCCACCGCUUCCAGUAUUGCACGGUGCCCGCAUUCACCGGUGGCUCCGAAUCCGGUUUCUGGACAAAACUCGUACUCAAAGUGGGUCACGAGGAACCCGUGGUUCGGAACGCAAUCAUUGCCUUGGGGACGUUGCAUGAGGACUACCAGGACCGCUGUGGCAAAUACAGCCCCCAAUUGAUCAACGACCAGAGCUACCAAUACGCCCUCAGGCUAUACGGGGUUGCGUUGCGCGACCUGAACCAGAGACUCAACACCCCCUCCAGCACCAACGCCAAGCUCGCCAUCAUUUCAAGUAUAUUAUUUGCCUGCUUCGAAGUCCUUCGACGGAAUAACAUGGCUGCUGUCAUCCACUAUCAGCAAGGAAUGAGGGAACUGACCAGGCAAAUGAAUCUUCCUCAGGGCGAUGACUUCUCCCUUACGCCUUACUCACCAGAGCAAGCGUCCGGCUCACGACCAACCUUCCGCGAAAUUCCACAAGACGAGGUCGACGAACUGCUCCGGGUCUUUGCCCGCUACGACAUUCAAGCAUGCACCUUUUCCAAAGAGAAAGCGGAACCUCUAUUAACCAAUCUGGGCAAAGUGCCUCGGAUACUGCCGACCAACCUCACCCUGAGUCAAGUCCGCAACCAUCUCGACAACCUCCUUGUUUCGGUUUACCAAUUGGUCAAAUCAGAUGCUCGUAUGUACCGAUACUGGAAGAGAGAUGUGGUGCCUGUAGAGUGGCAGGCUCGGCGGCAAGAGGCUAUCGAUGUCUUCGAUGCCUGGAUGGCAGCCCUAGAGAACUUUUUCUCGACGCAGGGUCCGAGGCUGGGUCGUGCCGACAUCAAAAGCCUGCUGGGUCUCCGCUUGCAGAUCAAGACCGCAGUCAUGAUGCUCAAACUGUGCAUAGACUGUGGACCCGAAACCACAUUUGACGCUUUCAGGGACGACUUUGAGGAUAUGGUGUCCAAAGUUGAGCAGGUCACCACAGCUCUUAGUUUGACCGAACAAAUGCCCUUGGAGGAUGAGCUCACACCGUUCACCAUGGAGCUGGGCAUUAUACACCCUCUGUUCUUCACAGCUUGCAAGUGUCGAGACUGGGGAAUCCGACGCCGGGCAGUGGCUCAGCUGAAGAAAGCCGGCAAAGAGGGCGUCUGGGAGGGACCCAUUAUGGCCGUCCUGGCCCAGAGAAUCGUGGCUUUGGAGGAAGAAGGCUUGUCUCAAGGAGAAUUGGUCCCCGAGGCAAAUCGAUUCCACGAUAUUAGAAAGAACGUUGAUUAUGACAGUCGGCAAAUUCUUUUCGAAGCAACCAGGGCUUUGGAUGCGGCCUGGGAGAAUUUCUCGGUUCACAGGGAAGCAGUUCCGUUCUGA